UGAAGCGGGUUCGAAUCCCGUGAAAAUAUUCUUUUUUACGUUUCACAGGGCUGAACGGUUCUUUAAUAUGGCACAUGUUUAUUUAGGCAGGCACCAGAGACGAAACUGUGUAGGCCUAUUUAGAAAAUUUAUUCGAGAUAGGAGUUAGAUUUACAGGAAAAGCAACUUGGCCUCUUCCUGUUUUCAACAUUCCGUCAUAACAAGUGUGAUUCAAACCGCGACUGAGUGUCGGUCCGUGACUGGGUUCCUCCAACAAGAGUCCAAAGACGGAUCAGGUCGGCUAUGUUUUGAUAUUGUUAUGAAAAACUGAAUAAAGAGGCCUUCGCGAGGACAGCUGCGUGUUCUCUUCCUGGUUGAAAACAGCUGUUGAAACUACGACAACCACAGACGCAUUCGGCUGAAGGACCCAGUUAACAGGGUCGCGAGUAAAUCCGAAACACCGGCAGAGUCUACUCGACAAACUUAGAAGUUUUACCUAAGUUUUCUUUUUCAGAUGUCAUAAAAAGUGUGGAGGCACAUUCAAGCACAAAAGGCAACAAGUUGAACAAGGGUUACAAAUUUUUCCACGAGGAAUUUGUCCACAGUUUUCAAGAUAUCAUUGGCCACUGACAGUGGAAGUUUGAUGGCUUAUUCCUGCAGCUGCGUAGCUGGUAAAGGCUUCUGCAACCACGUAGUAGCCCUCCUUUACCAGACUGCACACUAUUCACAGCUCAGUUUGCCGACUGUUCCACCACCCCUGGCCUGCACAAGUGAUUUACAACGCUGGCAUAGACCAAGAACACAGGGAAUCCAUCCUGAACAUGUGAAUGACGUGGUGGUGCAAAAGCCAAAGAAGGUGGGCAAGAGUGGUCUUAGCUCCACAUUGUACCAGGCAUAUUCAGGACCAUUUCCUGACCCUGAUAUGAUGGCAUCUGGAGCCAAGCUACGCCAGGAGCAACCCCAGCCUCUCAUUGCUCUCGUAUUAGAUGGCAUGUCUGAGAUAGAGCUGACUCCAUCUAAAUUUGGGCCUGUCCCACAAGGAUCCCCGCUGUCAUAUCACUGCCCACCUGAAAAGUCCAGUGACCUUAUCCUGCACCACUUGGCUCCUAAAUUCCCGGGUCUUCCUUUUAUGCAGCAUACUUUUUCCAACUUGCACUUUGUUCCAACGUUGCAUCAGCUCAUGCACCUCCAGUCACUCCAAGUGUCACCACAAAUGACCAGUGAAAUUGAGAAGGGAACCAGGCAGCAGUCAAAAUGUCCUGCAUGGGCACAGUUACGUCGACCACGGUUAACUGCCAGUCGCUUUCGAGAGGCCUGCUCUUCCAGGGAGGGAAGUGUGGACCCAGAGUCUGCAGCAAAGGCCCUCGCUGUCCAAAAGAUGAGAGGCUCCAAAAAGCAAACUGCUGCAAUGAACCAGGGUCUCCUAAUGGAGUCAGAGGUCCUGGCAAGUUAUGCUGAAGUAAUGUGA